AUGGAGGAACCGGUGGGAAAAAUUGUGGCUGGUCCAUCGGGUGAUCCUUACGCGGAAGUCGGAAGAGAACUCAACGAAGCCAGUGGAUUUCAAUCGCUCAAGCACUUAGUGGCAAAAAGAAGUGAUAGACCCCUAUCGGUAGAACUUCCGAAGUACACCAGCGCCGUCUUACCAACUCACGUGAAGAACACCACCACGCAUGGAGGACUGGUCCGUCGCCUCGAGAUGCACCCAGCAAAAAUCAGCAGCCUGUUUCUCAUAAUAGCUCUUCUGAUGAUGCUAAUCUGUAUCGAAGCUGGUGUCCCAGGAGGGUGCGGGAACGGAGAUGGCAUCGCUGGCCACUACAAAGUUUUCUGAGCGUCAAAACGUCUUUACACAUCUCCACAAACUCAGCUUCAAUGUUGCGAUACAUAAAGCUUUUCUUGAUCC